GGAACUUCGUUCCCUUGCAGCUUGCACCUGCACGACUUUUUUUGGAGUCCGAGCCACCCUUUCCAGCUCCCCUCCGACUCGGACGGUCGCCGGCGCCAUGCUCCUCGUGGACGGCGAGCCCGUCCUCUCCACCUCCGCCGCCGCCGCCUCCCGCACGGGGGCCGUCGGGGUGGAGCUCGUGGCGGCGCUCGCGGGGCACCCCGGGCUCCGCGACGCGGCCGACCGGCUCAAGGCCACAUCGGAGACGCGGAUCUCCGCGGGGCGGGAGGGGGCGCCGAGGCACGUCUACGUCUUCCAGCGGGAGUACGCCACGGUGGAUCCGGCUCGCGUCGAGUUAGUGGGCACAGACGAGGCUACUACAUGCAUUGGUGUUGUAAUUCGCAACAACAGGACUGGAAUAACCUCCGUUAGCCAUAUGGAUUUCCCAAAAAUUGUGGAGGGAGGGCUCAAACAGAUGUUAGAAUUACUUGGUGAUGACAAUGCACCACUUGAUGUUCACCUUAUUGGUGGCUUUUCUGAUGCUUCCACAAAGGUAGUCCGUUCCUCUGGAAAGAAGCACAUCAAACAGGAAGGGUAUUCCUAUCCACUAUGUUGCAAAAUAGUUGAAGUGCUGCAUAAGUCCCAGCAACAAUUCCAUCUCCGGUCCUUCUGUGUCCUUGAGAAUAACACAACAACUGAUUCACUUGGGAAUACACUACCAGUAAUCGGUGGAUUUGUGGUUCAAACCACUUCUGGAGUUGUCACACCAGCAAGCUUUGACAUGAAUUCAAGGUGUCCAGAUGAAGUUGUCAGGAGAAUUCGCGUCAGUGUUUGUUCUUAUGAUCCAACAUGGCAAGGAAGGUUACUGGAGACUUAUGAUACUCAGUGUGAUGUUUUUCGAAUCGCACCUGCCUGCUGGAUGCCAAAUUGGGCCGAUAUAGCAUCCUCACUUAACCAGCUCUCAGAUUCUGAAGUCCUGAUGCAAUGCUCCACCUCUCCAGCUGCAGAACCACCUCAUUUUGUGGAAAAUGAAAGAAGGAUCUGGAAAUACUUGAUCAAUAACCCAGACUGGGAAGAGACGUUCCCCAAGCACAAGCCCCGGGUCUUCCAUAGGACCAGCGACGGAAGCUGGUCAAGGUACUCAUAGUGCAAGCCAAGGUGUUGCAUCGCUCUGUUAUCACUGGUGCCCGCACACAUGGAACCGGGAGAGUCUCCUCCCCCUCCCUUGAUUGGAACAGCAAAGAUUAUGUUCACCCACAAAAGUUUUCUUCACGCUGGGACCCGCGCCUCCGCUAAACAUUUCUUCACAGCGCCAUUUUACUUCACCUAGUUACCACCAGGAGUCCAUGGUAGGAGAUUGACUGAAGGAUUUGUGUGAAUUUUUCAAAAAGAUGUGUGGAAUACGGUUUGAACUCUUGAUUCUCUGAAUUUCAUGUGUUAAGCUUGGCUGGUUGGUACGAA